AUGGAACAAGUCGUAAAAAUGCCAACAACAACGUCUAUGCAAGAUAAAGCUCGGCCGCUUGUAACGACUCACGCACGGACCAUUGCGGGAAACGUUGGACCUGAAACAGACGUGGAGACACGCAGUCAAACUCAACUAGAUGCCCAAGAUGCUGUCGAAAGUUCUGUGAAGUUCUAUUCUAGGAAAGAAGCCUUUGAAAGGGGAGGUGGGGUUGUGUGGGGCACGAGGAAGGCGGGAUGCCGUCACGUGCGAGUGGGCAUCAGAUAG